AUGACUACAUUUCCACUUGUCAAGGCCACUGCCAUCGUGCUGCUGGGCGUCAUUGGGGCUGAGUUUGGCGCCGAGAUCGAGCCACCGAAGGGUUCUGGUCGGGCUCGCACUGGUGGACAGGCACCCGAGGGCUUUGGGUUGACGAGCGGAGGAUCAUCCAACUACUCGCUGGCCAGACACACGUGUAAGGCCCUGACCUUCCUGCUGCUGCAGCCACCCAGCCCCAAACUCCCCGCUCAUAGCACCAUCCGCCGCACCGCAAUCGAUCUGAUUGGCCGAGGCUUUACUGUCUGGGAGCCGUAUAUGGACGUGUCAGCGGUGCUCAUGGGACUGCUCGAGCUCUGUGCCGAUGCUGAGAAGCAGCUCGCCAACAUCACCAUGGGCUUACCUCUCAACCCACCGGCUGAUUCUGCUCGCUCUGCCCGUCAUGCUCUCUCCCUCAUCGCCACAGCCAGACCUCCUGCAUUCAUCACCACGAUCGCAAGAGAGGUCCAUCGUUAUAACGCAGCCCAGGCCAACUCUCAGUCCCAGCAGAACGUUCACACCACCACUCUGGCCCGAGCCAAGACGGAGAUACUGAGGGUGAUCGACAUCCUGAUCGAGAAGAUGCCCGGAGAUGUGGUCGACCUGCUGGUUGAGGUGAUGGACAUCAUCAUGUACUGUAUCGAAGGUUCUCUGGUGAAGAAGAAAGGCCUGCAGGAGUGUUUCCCUGCCAUCUGCAGGUUCUAUAUGGUUGGCUACUGCGACCGCAGUCACCGCAUCGCCGUAGGAGCUCGGCAGGGUUCUGUGGCGCUGUACGAUGUUCGGACGGGAAAAUGUCAGAACAUCCACGGUCACAAAGGUCCCAUCACCGCCGUGUCGUUUGCCCCUGACGGUCGUUACCUGGCCACGUACUCCAACGCUGACAGUCACAUCUCCUUCUGGCAGAUGAACACCAGUCUUCUGGGCAGCAUCGGGAUGCUUAACUCCGCCCCUCAGCUGCGCUGCAUGAAGACAUACCAGGUUCCUCUGGUGCAGCCAGCGUCUCCGGGCUCCCAGAACCACCUGAAGCUGGCCCGCCUCAUCUGGACGUCCAACCGCAACGUCAUCCUGAUGGCUCACGAUGGCAAAGAGCAUCGUUUCAUGCUGGUUACCAACACCCUACAGACAAUGUUGUGAAGCCAAGAGAUCUGCAAUCAGAAGAAAAGGUUGUUUUGACACCAAAUCAGGGCGAGUGCUAGACGAACCGGCGUUGCUUCAUAAGGUCAGCAGGUUAAGAGCACCUAGGGACAGAUGGAGUCAUUUCUGAAGUUCUGCUAAAAUCAACUAAGAACUGAUCAUCUGCCCAAAAAGCCUGUCUUUAAAAACUAAACCUCCCCAUCAUGUUCAAACUUCUGCUAAACGUCUUUGUUACACUAACUGGUUUGACAUAUCUAGUUUGACUCUCGUCAGUCGGAUUCCCGUCUACAACAUUUUGGGCUGAUUGUGUUCACCUAAUAAUUUCUCAAACUUAGACCAGCUCAGCAGCAGUUGAUCUGGUCGGGUUUUUACUACAGACACCGUGCAUGAUCAAACCCCAUCCAUAUACAAGAAGCUGGAUUCAGACUCAUAACUUUCAAGGUAGAAAACAAGUACCAUAUCCACUGAGUACCAGGUAUACGUAGGUAUAGCAUUAAAGUAUUUUAGAUAUCCUGUGAUAGUUGUGUACUUUGCUGCUAAGCUAGUUAUUGUUACCCAGUUGACAGAUUUAACACGAGAACAAUGUAGCGCUUAGUCAACAUCUAAAGCAACCAGGGUGAGUUUACGCAACAACUUGUAAGGCUAGCUCAGCAACUCACGAUUGAACACUUGAGAAUUUUUUUCCGAACCUUGACCAUUUAGGCAUCAAAUUUCAAGUUAGAUUUCCAGGCAAUUAAUGUAUUUGCUCUACAAGUCGUGUAUUUAACGGUAAUUCCGAAGUAUUCCAGAUUGUGUAAAAUCUUUUUUUUUUUUUUGUUCUGGACCUGGCCUGCGCGGUUAUGUUAUGGACCAAAUGUUUUUUGUCGAUCGUGUCUUGCAAAAUCACCUAAACUGAUAUCUUGGUGAGACACAUUUUCGUUCGAACAUGCUAUAAUGAACUAGAGAAUAUCAUCAUGCCUUGGGAAGAUUCAGGCGCCCCCUGGUGGUUGUACGAUCAGGUACAUUUCCUCCAAUCGUUAUUUUUCCUGAUCAUGAAAAUUCAAGACAAAUCACCAUAUUGUGAAGGAUGUUUUUUUUUAAAUAAGGCUGUGAUAAAAUAGUACUUUGUCUGAUCCCUGGUCAGAAGUGCGGCAUCAGGCAUUUUAUCUAACAUCAAUCUGAAGCUGAAGAGGAGACUUGCUUAGUUACAAAUGUGUUUGAAAGUGGAUUUCUCUUCUUUUUUUUUUUUUUUUUCUGCGGAGUGCUGCCAUCGUAGCAGCUUGGUGAUUUAUUAUUUUCUGCUCCUUCGGUUUACAUAUUUGGGAGUUAAGAGAAAGAAUCCAAAUGAUUUAAGUUUGAAUCAGUCGUUGUAGUGUUUCCUUCUCCUGUCGAGCAACAAAUCUAAUGAAUGCAUCUUGUUUUUUUUAGUUUUCAUUUAAACGUUAAAUCAGAGGCGGACUCUCAAGUCAGGAGGAUUCUCAGCAUUAUUUUUAAUCAGGAGUUCCACGAUGAUAUCACCAAUCCUUGCACUGUAAAACUUUAAUUAUUUUUUUUAAAAUCAUGAAUUCAUAUAAUUUACAUGUAGAAAAAUAGGAGAAUUCAGAUGAAUGG